UUGCUGUUGGAAUAGGAGUCUGUCAACCUCCUCAUACCGAGUCGCCGUCUAACCUGGCCUCCAUGUUUACGGUCUGUCGGUCGGCAUAGUCCAGAGCACGUCUUUUCCGGCGGCAACCGGUGUCUGACGAUGCCUACUGAAGGCGGAAGUCGUAUUCCUCUGUUUUCCCUCCUCGAUCGGCGGUGCUUGGAGGUGCUCGGAACGGGGGAGACGGGUGAGGCAGGUGCUCGCCGGCUUUUACGUACAGAUCUCUCGGGACGUCUGCCGUUAUCGCAGACGGAUCCACUCUGUAAUCCAUUAGAAUAAGUGGAGCGCACUUGUUCGCCGUACAAUGGAUUUCAAGUUCCAUAAGCUCCUGACCCCUAGACGGACGGGUGCUAAUUGGGCUCGGGUCGAGCUAGGCUGGUCGAUGCGUUAAAGGAUGGGCCACCGCGUCCACAGCAUCGUCGCAGCGGCUGGAGCCCUCCUCGAGCCCUAGCCAACCCACAUCCCUCGUGCUGUCUUCUUCGGAACCGGCGGCGGCGGCAGCAGCAGCAGCAGGCGGCCGACGCCGUUGUGGUGUCGAUGGACGCUGCCCUCUUCUCCCCGGCUUCUCUCUUCCGCUCGUUCGACAGCGACGACGACGACGACGACGAGGACGAAGGCCACAAGGGGGUGCAGCAGCAGCUCUACGUUGAAAGAACCCAUGCUUUUCCUGGAAUGGACUUGAUAAUUCGAGAAUUUUCAUUUCAUCAGCUAAAUGCAAAUUUACUUUGGCCUGGGACGUUUGCAUUUAGUGAAUGGUUAUUUCAAAAUCAAUCCCUUUUAUGUGGCAGACAUAUCUUGGAAUUGGGAAGUGGAACUGGAGCUUUAGCGAUUUUCUUGAAAAGAUCAUUUGUAGUUGACAUCACAACUUCAGAUUUUGAUGACAAGGAAAUAGAAGAAAAUAUAGCCCAUAACUGUAGAGCUAAUGAGCUGGCUGUGUUACCUCACAUCAGAUAUACAUGGGGAGAAAAUUUUCCAACUUCUGAACCAGGCUGGGACUUGAUUAUUGCCAGUGAUAUUCUAUUAUAUGUGAAACAGUAUUCAAAUCUGAUAAAGACCCUGAGCUUCCUCCUAAAAGCUUACAAACCAAAAGAUGAGAAAGCAGGUGUUGCAAAUUGUCAGGAAAAGAAGUGCAACUGCAGUGGCCACUAUUUUUGAUGAGUUGGCGACGUAGGAUUGGUCGAGAGGAGGAAGCACUGUUUUUCACUGGGUGCGAGGAUGCUGGUCUUGCGACACAGCAUGUCGGGUCUCGUGUGUACUGCAUCAGCCUUAAGAAGGAUGUUUAGAGGUUAGAAACAAGCAAAUAUAAAUCAGAUAUGUCAUGGUGUGCAGUGUGCUUACAUUUCCGAGAUGCUGAAGUUGAUUAUGCCACCAGAGCUCUUGCAUGCCCCUCGUGCCUUCCUACACACUUUGUAUGUUUGAUACGAUUAGCAACAGUUAAAAAAUUUUGAGUUUAGCUUGCAAAAUUUUACUUAUUUGUUUGUUUGUUUAUUUCUUUUUAAAAAAGAUGGCUUGUCCGUCUGGUGUCCGCUAGGUAUAGAAUAUGAACCUUAGGCAUGCAAUGCAGCGGCGGUCUCCGUUUUGUCGUUCAGGCGGAAGACUAAUGUUCCUUCUCGCGGUUGGCCGUCAGAUAGAUUCGAAUGCUUUGGAAUCUGGGAGCAUGAUAAUGGAGUGGAGAGAGAUGUCCUGAUGUCAUGUUUAAUCAUUUUUUCUUUCGCAUCGAAUCUUCUCAGUUAUUUAAUAUUGGCAACUAUUUUGGAUCA